UUGAGCCACAAGAAGAUCUAAUGGAACAGCGAUGGAGGAUACUGUCAUGACUACAGAACGUCGACGAUUGCUGGACAAACACUUGGAUACGUGGACACGAAGUCUGCAAUUAGAUGACGUGAUGGUUUUCCUUCUUGCCAACAGUGUCUUCAAUGAGCAUAUUGUUGAUAUCAUCAAGAGCGAGUCCACUGCGGCUAUGCAACGAUACCAGUUCAUACGACAGCUGAAGAUGCGUGGAGAUGCAGCUUUUUCUCUAUUUUACCAGUCACUCCUAAAGACGAAUCAAGGAUAUUUGGCGCAUUUGAUGGAAAGCGGAUUAAGCAGUGAGGACAAGGACAGGUUUAGGCAAGGGAUUGAAUAUAGGUCAGCUUUGCACAGCAGCCCAUCCCUUGAUGAAAAUUGUCAAAACAUUGCUUGUCAUAGUCCGACGGCUGCAACGAUUCAAAGGAACUGUUCGUACUAUAAAUCAUAUGAGUAUAUAAAAAUGCGUGAGCCCGCUGGUAUACUCCAUGACUUGGUGGUGGACUUCGUUGAUACUGCUGCAGAUCUUUCAUCUUUUGAUGCUAAUUUGAUGUAUCCAAAUUUCUCAUCACCCCGUGGAGUGGUGCUAAUUAUCAAUAACCGGUAUUUUCUUGAUAUGCCGGAAAGAAUUGGUACCGACGUUGACGAAAUUAAUUUGAACAAUCUUUUUCGGCAACUUAAUUACACAGUUUUGGUUUACCGAAAUUUGUGUGCAAAGGAGAUGCUUAUUGCUAUUCGAGAUUUCUCCAAACACCCGGAACAUAAACGCUUGGAUUCUUGUGUUGUCUGCGUGUUGACACAUGGUGAACAUGGUGAACUGUAUGGGACAGAUGAUAUCGCUAUAUCGGUGUUAGAGUUUGUUUCCUGUCUAAAUGCACGAAACUGUCCGGCUCUAGCUUAUAAGCCAAAACUCUUCUUCUUGCAAGCCUGUAGAGGACAGCAGUACGAUCGUGGAUUUGGCACAGAGUCGGAUGGACCAGAUGGAUAUUUCGAUAGCUGGUUUACUUGUACCACUUCUCAGUCUCAGAAAAGUUUACAAACGGAGCAAAAGACAAAAUCACCGAUAGAAGCCGACAUAUUGGUAUCUUAUGCAACUACUCCAGGGUAUGUUUCGUGGCGCAAUUCCAUGAAAGGCAGCUGGUUCAUACAAAGCAUUUGUGAAGUGUUUGCCAAGUAUGCAAAAUCCACCGACAUUUUGUCGAUGCUGACAUUGGUGAAUAAGCAGGUAGCUGAUGCCUUCGAAAGUUCUAGCGGUUCCUUCAAGCAAAUCCCUGACCAUUCCUCCAGGCUGCGCAAGGCUUUCUAUUUCUUCCCAGGAACAAAUAAACCGUUUUAAGUCUUUUUUUUAUAUGUUGCUGCGAAGUUUUAUUGCAAUGUUUGCCAUUAUUCUGCACUGUUUUAUUCGGAAUGAUAGCGCUAUAUUUUGGCAUCUGAUCUAUUUCUAACACAGCUCG